UUUGGAAGGAUGUAUUUGAAUUUGGGAAUCUUAAAUCUGUAUCCCUUCUCUCUUGAAGCUCUCUCGACAGAAAUCCCUCGAAUCUCCAAGCGCAGAGAUGCUCCCUCUUCCACCCCCCCCCAUCCCUUCUCUUGACGAUCCCUCGAAACUCCAACGUGAAGCUGCUCGUCUCUCCCUCGAACCUUCAACGGGAAAGCUGUUUUCCCCUGCAUCCUCGUCGUUCUGUCCAAUCCUUGUGUGCGAUCGUAUGUGUGCAGACUGCGGAGUACCCCCAACUCUUUCACUUCAGGAAAUAUUAUUCAUAGCUGACAAGAGGUCUUCCUUCUUUUGAAUCAGCCUCUCCACUUGCCUUUGCAGUUCUGUUAUGCAUUGAAUCACUCGUCCGACUGUGGCUGGGAGAAGGGGCCGUCCCUGCAUGAUAUCUUGAGAUUUCUUCUCAGUGAUUGAAGAUUGGUCGAUUCAUGGGCCCAGUCUGGGAGACAAGGUGCCAAGGUGCUUACGGUGGCAGGUGUAGAGGAAAGGGUAUGGAGAGGAACUGGACUACCAUGGAAGGCUUGGUUCUUUCCUGUGGGUCACCAACUUGGGGUGCAGAAUGUGUCUGCUUCUUGAGAAGCAACUUUAUUGGUUCUUUGCUCGACUGAAAGAUGAACAAUGGCUGAGAGACUUUACAUUGCCAAGCGACAUCUUUUUCUGCAAUUAGCCCAAGAUUUGACAAACACCAACCCAAUCAAUCAUGCUUGUGAAGUUUCUUGAAUGAAAGGACAAUUCGAGGACAGGCAAGUCAAUGAUACCCACAACUUGAGUAAAAGCUCAUGCCCAUGAAAUUAUUGGGGCUUCUACGGAGUUCUGAUCUGUCUUGAUGACUAGCUUAUUUUAUCUAAAUGCUGAAACUCAUUUAAUUCAAACUGUUUGUGCUAUUGCGGUGAAGGGACAUUGGAAUUGUCUCCUGACACCCAGGAUUGGGUCUAAUAUCACCUCAACAAUCAUGAACCAGGUAUUGCUUCAUCUCUCACUAUUUGAUUAUGGUUCUUCUCUUUCUUGGGCAUUAUUUAAAUGGGUAGAAUCCAUUCCUAACUAUAAGCAUUCUUUGCAAACAUCUUGGACGAUGAUUCACAUUCUCACUAAGCAAAAACACUUCAAAACAGCACAAAACUUGCUGGAAAAGAUUGCAUAUAAGGAUUUUUUAUCGUCUCCGUCAGUUUUGAAUGCUCUUAUGGAUACGCAUGAUGACCCGGAUAGGAAUUCCCAAAUUUUAAGCUGGCUUGUGAUCUUCUAUGUUAACUUAAAGAUGAACCAAGAUGCAAUCCAGGUUUUUGAGCACAUGCGGGUGAAGAGCUUGAAACCCCAUUUGCAUGCUUGCACCGUGCUUUUAAAUUCAUUGGUGAAGGAGAGAUUGACUGAUAUGGUAUGGAAAGUUUAUAGGAAGAUGCUUCGAGUGGGUGUUGUUCCUAACAUCCACAUCUUCAACGUGUUGAUCCAUGCUUGUUGCAAGUCUGGGGAUGUGGAGAAGGCAGAACAAGUUUCGGGUGAUAUGGAGAACAAGUUUAUUGUUCCUGAUCUUUUCACUUACAAUGCAUUAAUUUCAUUGUAUUGCAAGAAGGGUAUGCACUAUGAAGCCUUUUCUGUUCAAGAUAGAAUGGAAAGAGCAGGAGUGCAUUGUGACAUUGUAACUUAUAAUUCCCUUAUUCAUGGGUUCUCUAGAGAAGGUCGAAUGAGAGAAGCUGUAAGGCUAUUUAAGGAAAUCAAAGGCGUUUCUCCCAACCAUGUUACAUACACUACUCUAAUUGAUGGGUAUUGUAGAAUGAAUGACCUUGAAGAAGCAUUAAGAUUGCGUAAGGUAAUGGAGGAUGAAGGGUUGUAUCCUGGAGUUGUUACUUACAAUGCGAUCCUUCGUAAAUUGUGUGAGGAGGGCAGGAUUAGAGAUGCAAAUAAGCUCUUGAAUGAAAUGGGUGAGAGGAAGGUUAAUGCAGAUACUGUCACUUGCAACACAUUGAUAAAUGCUUAUUGCAAGAUAGGCGAUAUGAUAUCUGCAUUGAAAGUAAAAAAUAAAUUAUUGGAAGCUGGGUUGAAGCCAGACCAGUUUACUUACAAGGCAUUGAUUCAUGGUUUCUGCAGAGUUUUGGAGAUGGACAGUGCUAAAGAGCACUUAUUUCAGAUGCUUGAUGCAGGAUUUUCUCCUAGUUAUUGCACAUAUUCUUGGCUUGUAGAUGGUUACUGCAACCAAGAUAAUGAAGAAGCAGUUAUUACACUCCUCGAUGAGUUUGUGAGUAGAGGUCUCUGCCUUGGCCUCUCAGUGUAUAGGGCACUUAUAAGAAGGUUUUGCAAGAAAGGAAAGGUCGAUUAUGCUGAAAGAAUAUUUGGUCUUAUGCAAUGGAAGGGUCUAUCAGGAGAUAGUGUUAUAUACACUGCUCUUGCAUGUGCUUACUUCAAAGCAGGGACUUCAAUGGCUGCUUCAGAUGUGUUAGAUGAGAUGGCUAAGAGGAGAUUGAUGAUAACUGUUAAGAUAUACCAUUCUUUCAGAGAUUCUUAUGCUGGGGAUAACAGCUUGUUAGAUCCAUUUUGGGAUCAUGUGGUUGAGAGGGGUUUAAUGUCAAAAAAUAUUUCCAAGCAUCUGUAGUGUUUGCACUCAUGGCUGAACCCUGAAGUUCACACUGAACUUGCAGGCUUAUGUAAAUCACAAUGUACGAGCUAUGCUGCCCCAAUGUCAUCCUAGCUCCAAUUCAAGUCUGAAGGAGAACCAAGAGGCGAGAGAGAGAACCUGAGGCGGUGAAGCCUGAAGCCUGAAGGUGAACCUAAAUCUUUUUCUUCUUCUUCUUCUUCUUCUUCUUCUUCUUCUUCUUCUUCUUCUUUGUUUUUGACAUAUUUUCUUCCUUUUUCAAAGGCAAACGAUGAUAGGAACUUUUGUUAAAUUUUACUGAAUCCCUAGUUUCUCGUGUUAUAAGUUUCUUCAAACCUGUUUUACUGGCAGUGGAAUCCAACUUCUUGUUUAGAAAGCACAUAAUAGCUGUAAUUUUGUGGAAUAAAAAAGUUGUGGGAAUGUUGAGAGUGGUGCCGGUGCAGCUGGAGUGCAUGGUACCAGUAGCUGUAAUUUCAAUGGUGUUGUGAGGUGUAAUCGGAAAUGAACAUGGGAUACAACAGUUGAGUCAUGGACCUUGGGGCAACCAUUGCUUCAUUACCAUGUUUAACAACCACCUAACCUAAUAUCAUAUGCUUUAAGGUUUUUAGCUAAAAAAAUAUUUCUGAGAACAGCCUUUUUGUGUUGUAAUGUGUUUUUUUUCUUGAUUAAAAAUUGGAUGUAAAAUGACUGAUGUUCUUUGUCACAUAUUCCCUUUAAUACAUCAGUUUAAGAAUGGAACUUUCUUUAUCUA